CAAGUCAGCAGCAUCAUGGAUGCCGUCACACCUUACCCCACCGGCGACUUCGCCACUACGUAUACGGGCGGAUGGUUCUCCUCCACCGAGACUCCGAACGCGACGGACCCGGGGGGCGAGCCGUCCCUGGGGCCAGAAGCCGACAUCGUCCCGGCUAUCUUUGCAGUCAUCUGCCUCGUCGGCGCGGCUGGGAAUGCUUUUGUGAUCUUCAUGGUUUACCGGUUUGCCGAACUCAGGACCGUCACCAACUACUACAUCGUGAACCUGGCCGUGACGGACCUGGCCUUCCUCAUCUGCUGCGUGCCGUUCUCAGCCGCCAAGAUGGCGACCCCUUCCUGGGAGUACGGAGAGUUCCUCUGCAAGUUCGUCUUCUACUUCAUGCAGCACACUCCGUUUAUUCCAAAAGCUUCCACAGCGUGA